AUGCCCCCCUGCAUACAGAGCCUGAUUGCGUCUUACUUCAAUGACCUGCAGAUUUCCUUUACCCUCCAAGACUUCACCACUGGGUGGCAGCAGCUACAAAUGGGGUGUGCCAUUUCUCCAAUCCUGUUUGUGGCAGCCUUUGGGACAUUUCCCAUCGGGGAAAAACAAAUGGUUGGAGGGCUCAAACUACCAUCUGGUCAGAGACUACCCCAGCUGAGGAACUACAUGGACAACGUCACCAGCUUCCUUCAGACAGCAACAUGUACAGCUCAGUUGCUAAAAAGAAUGGAUGAGUUGAUGGCUUGGGCAAAAAUGAAGAUUAAGCCCCCAAGUUACGUAGCCUGUCUCUUAGAAGGGGAGUCAGAGAUGACUCUACUACCUUUGUCAUCUGGGGAGAGACAAUUCCUCUCCUGUCUGAACAACCCGUCAAAAGUCUGGGGAGGCAGUAUACCACUGAACUGUCUGAGAGACAGAUGGGGAAAACUGUCAUGA